CUUGAUGAGGCAGCUCAACUUUAUUAAAGAAGAGCAAUCGAAUCAGUUUCGUUUUUACUUCUUUGCAGCAGACAAACUUCUGUGAACUUGAAAACAAAUUGCAUUCGUUGAGAACAAAUAAAGUCUACAAAGAAUUUGCACAUUUUUUUAAAUAUACUGAAAAGUUAAAAAGUAUUUUUUUUAAAACAGUUUCUUAAGAAGAAAAACAAAGUUAAAAAAAGUAAUUUGUGUUUUAUGACAAGGUUACACACAGAUAUUUGGCAUUGUUGCUAGUGCGAAUGUGUGUGUGUGUAUAGAUGUAAGUCUCUUUUUUUCUCGUAAAAGUGUGUGUGUGUGGGUGAAUUUUUGCCGACAACAUGAAAGAAAGUGACAAAACUAUAGUGCUUUAGCUGCAAAAAGAUUCAAGAGAAAAAGAGUACGAUGGUGUAUUGACAUAAAAAAAGAAUAAAAAAAUUGUUAACAAGAAAAAACGCAAUUUUAUAAGCUAAUUGUUGCUUUAAAAGUUUUAAAAAUUAAGAAAAUAUCGUUAAAAACUAUAAACAAACGUGUGAAUAAAAAGAAAAUUCAAUAAUAUUGAUUAACGAAAGAACAAAGUGUCAUGUAAAUUAAGGGAAAGUUUUACUUGUUUUGUUAUUGCAGUGAGAGAAAAUCAAUUAUUUUUGUCAUAGUGUAUGUGUAAAUAUAUACGGCUUUACUAGGAAUAUGUCGUAGUGUGCGUGAGUGACUGCUGUAUAUGUGUUUGAAAGAAAUGGCAACAAUGAUAAUGCAGGGUUGCAAAACGUAAGAAAAUGUCGUUAAAAAACAGUUUUUAACAAUAAACCAAAAGCAAUUUACUGCAAAUAAAUUAUUGAUUUAUUAAAUUUAUGGCAUAAAUAACAAUAAGAAAUUUUAAUUGAAUUUGUUUUUAACUCUUUAAAAGUUACAAGUACUGAAAAAUGCAACCAUGUGUGGCUGUAUAAUAGAAGACAAAAAAAUCUGUAUAUUUCUGCUCGCCAACGCCAUUUUCAAUUCUAUAGUCGUCGCAGUCGCAAACGUCAUGUCGUCGUCAAUGUUGCUCUAACGCGUUUUAAAGAAAAAUUGUGUCCCCUUCGUUUUAUUUAAUAUUAAAUGAAAUAAUUUAUUACGGUAAUUAACAAAUCAAAUGGCAUAUCCGCUUAAGCCAAAGAUAAAAGCAACAUCAUCAUCAACAACAAAAAUAAACAAAAUUAAAUGAAAAAAUAAAGUGAUCAACUUGUAUUUGAAUUAUAACAACUCUCCCCUCCCUCCAUCUAUCUCUCUUGCAAUAGAUGUCUCUUAUAUCUACAUAGGCUCUCUGGUGAGAGUAUCUUUACAGUUUAAUUCAAAUUGUAUCACAGUGUUUGUGUGUGUGUUUUAUAAUACUGUUAAAUAAAAUAAAAAAAUAAAUAACAGCAAAUAAGAAAUAAUACCACAAGAAUAAGUACAAAAUAUCAAUGUAUUACAAAAUCGCCUUCUUCUUCCAAUUGUUACAAGAAAAUUAAAAACACAAGAAGAAUUUUAUACAAAAUUUGCCACCUAAACAAUUAACACUCGGAACAAACAAAUAAAAAACAAAUUAAACGCCUAAACGUUCGUAUUAAAACGUAACAGAUUAAACAACAAUAAAAAAAGAAACACACACAAAUAUAAAAAACAAUACCAUUGUUGUUUGUUAUCUUUGUCAAUCAUCCAUCAUUAUCAUACAAUAAUAACAACAAAAAACAACAACAACAACAACUACAAUAUUUAAGACCAACAAUUGAGAAAAUGAGGAGCUGUUGUAUAGCAAACAAAAUCUAUGAACUAUGACGCAUCAAUCACAUCAGACUAACGGCGCUAGUUUGGAGGAUUGCCAUACAAACUUUUUUGCCUUGACUGAUUUAUGCGGUAUAAAAUGGCGCAAAUUUGUUAACAAUGAGCGACCUAAUGCAUCCAGUGAUCCACUGGAUGAUCCCAUAUUACGCUCCUAUUCACGAUGCAUGCAAGCUGACAUUCUAUGCGUUUGGAGACGUGUUCAGUCUACCAGACAAGACAACUCGGAUCCAAGUGCAAUGUUUGAUGUGGUUAACACAUCAAAAGUGCAUCCACCUCUGUCACUAGCGGCCGCCAAAGAAUUAUGGAUAUUUUGGUAUGGCGAAGAGCCCGAUCUAACCGAUUUGGUGGAUGCUGAAUUAUUAAAAGUGGCUGGCAAUCAAAUGAUGUGGAAUGGCACUUGGGAAAGAGGUCUUACUUAUGAAUGCCGUUCAUUACUUUUUAAAGCCCUGCAUAAUCUUAUUGAAAGAUUUGUGCUUACAAAAGAUAUUGUACGUUUUGGUAAAUGGUUUGUCCAACCUUGUACUUCAAAUGAACGAAUAUUUGGAAGAAGCUCUCAGCAUUUGUCAUUCUCAUUUACAUUCUUUGUACAUGGUGAUACUGUAUGUGCAUCUAUUGACUUGAGAGAACAUCCAGCAGUGCGUCCAUUAACCAAAGAACAUUUAACCGAAGCUGCCGCUGCAUUUGCAGCCGCUGCCUCUAAUGCAAAUUCACCUGAACAACAAACAUCACCAAAUUCACCCAAUGCUGCUGCAGGCGAGGGCAUUAAAAAUGAAAAUUUCUCAGCCUCAGCGAAUGCAAACAAUAAUAAUAAUAAUAGCAGCAACAAUAAUAAUAACAACAAUAGCAACUCCAACAACAGCAAUAGCGUUAAUCCAAAACCUCGUAAAGUUAUAUUGGCACCAUUUGGUAUGGCAGCCACACUUACGGGCAACAGUUAUAAAACAAAUGAUCCAAUGGCUGAGAAAAUACUUGAUGACUGGGCUUCAUUUUUCCCAUUGUGCAAUAAAGAGAACAGUGAUGUGCCACCGGUUGUAGAAGUAAUAGCAGGCGGUCAUAAAAUGUAUCAUCCCUCAAUUUAUGUACUAGUCACUGAUUUGGAUGAUAUUGAAGAAAUGGAAGCAGCUGCCUCACAAAAAUGUCCUCUGGGUACAUCUUCAUCAGCGGAAGCUGCUGCCUUGGCAGCACUAUCAUCGGCCAAUCAAACGGCUGGUGGUGGUAACAACACAAAUCACCACAAUUACAAUGACUCCAGAAAACCUCUAAUGGAAAAUUUCUCCAAUAACAAAUUACCAACAGCGACAGCACCAACUAUAAAUGGAACAAAGUCAUCUUUGGCUCAUAUGGUCGAACAUUUAAAAAUAGAUCGUACUAAAGUUCAACCGUACUACGACACACAAACACGGAAUUUCACCUGCAAUACAACAAACAUACAUGCCCCGCCACAGGCUGCAUGUGAAAUGCCUGAAAGAGCUUGGCAAGAUUGUGUCACAAAUGUUCUGCAUGUGCAACAUAAUCUAAAUGGCAACCUUCACUCUACUGCUUCAUACUCCAACUUCAACACCACCACCAACUCAUCCACCUCUAAUGCAACUUCCUCAAAUACGUCAACAACGACGUCAUUAUCGACGUCGAUGUCGUCGUCGUCUGGCAUUAAUAGCAAUGAAAAUGCGGCGUCAAAUGAAGGAAUGGAUCAAACGGAUAAUGUUUCAAAUAGUGUUGACAUUAAACCAAAUACUACAACUUUAUCUCAAAAGCAACAGCAACAACAAAUAUGGGGUUUUGUGGAUCCUACACAAAAAGCUCCAUGUAUAUGCACAAAGUCAUUGACAUCAUCACAAACGCCGUCUUCUGGGCAAACACCUGGUCAUGGUACACCUUUACAAGGUGGUAUAUCAAGUUAUUCCCGCAAUUCAUUAAUUGAUUGUAUGCCAAUACCAUCAGUGGGCUCACCAGGAACUCCAGCGGCUUCCCCUCAUCCAAAUUCAGCAUUAUCUCAGCCAACAUCAGUACCACCAGCAGAUCAACUUUUAUCAAUGAGUCCACGUGCUCCCACAUCAGUAUCGAAUUUGCAACAACCCCCCACACCAAUAGAUCAUUUAUUGGAUAAAAAUACUCCAGCUCCCACUCCCACUGAUCAGCAUGAUAAUAAAAGUAUAACAGCAUCACCAUAUGUACAUCCUACGCCAAGUGUUGAGCCACCGCCAUCAGUGGAAGGAAUGCAUAAUACCAUUGGUGGUGGCGGUAGUAUGGGCCCCGGCAGUGUACCUCCACCCCCAAGUGUUGGUCGUUGUACACCUACGCCCCAACAACAACAGCAGCAACAACAACAGCAAUGUGGUUCCAUAUCUGUUAAGAAAUUUGAUUUACAACCUGCAUCUUUAACUCCCCUCAACAAUGCUAACCUGCAUAUGUCAGGAAAUACCAAUAGCAAUUGUCCAACUACCAAUUCAAUUGAUAUUAAAUUAGAGUCCACAACAAAUAACAAUAAUCCCAACUGCAUCAUGAACAGUUCGGUGUUGCCCAAUAACAACUUGAAUAUAAAUGAAUCCCCACUGUCUUCAGCCACAAAUGCAAUGCAAGAUUUUUUGAAUUUAUAUAAACCGCCAAAAAUCAAUGUGAAAGAUAUUGAUACGUUCGCUAAUGAAGAUUGCCUCAAGUUAGAUGUACUCUAUGAUUUCACCGUACAGGAUGCUUGGGCCAAUCAUCCUGUUAAACGUUUUAAACCCAACGAAAUCUCAAAACAAUGUCGAGUAAUGUGCACAAAAAAGCUCUAUGAAGGUCAUACGCACACAAAACCUCGAAUGCCUUCUCCUCGUUCAGUUUACGGAUCCCAAUUGCUGUCCAUAGAUCCUUCAGCUUCACUGGCUUGCAAUGCGGGAAAUCUUGACGCAAACGUCAAUAUGGGUACAGGAUUGGUGGGUAUAGCUGCUGCUAAUUCUUUGGGCAACAAUCAAAUGGAUUGUAAAAACACUGAGAGUUCAAUGGGAGGUGGUAUGAUGGCUGGCAGUGGUGGAAAUGCAACAGCAUCUGGAAAUUUCUUUGAAGAACUUGAUAUAAAAACGGAAAUCAUGUCUGGUAUGGGUACAUCAUCGACGUCACCGUGUAAAGAUUCAAAGAGUGGCAUAGGUGGCAAUCUCUUCACGGUGGAGGGCCUCAAUCCUUCACCCAAUGACUUGGAGCAAUUGUUUGAGACAUCGUCAAACGAUGAAUGUGGCAGCGUACAGAUACACACGCCGCCAGAUUCUAACAAUCCAUCAAAUGGUUGUGCCAUCACCACCAACACCAUUGAUGAAUUGAAACGUACCACAAAUGCCUCUCUAGUGGGUACAGGUGUUCAGGGAAAUAGUAGCGCUUCAGCCAAUGCCGCCGUUAUGGUGGCUCUACAAAAUUGUAAUAACACCAAUACAUCAUCAUCAGUUGUGACGUCUCUCAACAAUAGUGGGGGUAACUUGUCGGGCUUAGGCAGUAGUGUUGGUGGUGCAAACACCAUACAGGCUGAAGACUUGACGAAAAUGUUUCCUACACCGCCCUCCCACGAACAGCACCAUCCGAAUUCCAGUCCCUGUCAAAUGGAUAUACAAAUGACCGACUUAAGUGUCAAUACAUCGUCGGCCAUGAUGGGCCAAACCCUAGAUACCGGCUUGGGUAUAAGCGGAAUGUCGAAGAUCAAGCAGGAAUAUUCCAUUGAACUGGGAAGUCCAGUGGAGGAGCCUAUAGAAGAUUGGUCAUAUGUUUUUCGGCCACCCCAACAAUCUAAAUUUGUGGGAUCUUCGAAAUAUGCGCCGCUAACAAAUUUGCCCAGUCUCACAAUGCCACCUUUGGUAAUGCCGCCAAAUUGUCGAUACAAACCUUCGUGGCAACAACCAAGAAAUACCCACCAACAACAACAGCAGCAACAGCAGCAGCAGCAACAACAACAGCAACACCAAUUGCAGCAGCAACAGUUACAACAUCAUCAUCAACAACAACAACAGCAGCAGCAGCAACAACAUCAGCAAUUGCAAGAACUGUUAUCGACAGCUCCUAGAACACCAUUACAACAACCUCGUACACCAUUGGGUCCUAUGUCUUCGUCACCUAUGCACAAUACCGUACCCACACCACUGAACAGUGGUGGCGGUGGCGGUAGCUUAUUGUUGAAUCAACUCAAUUGUCCGCAGGCUGCUCUCACCAAUACCCCACCAACAAUGCAACAACUGAUGCAACGUACUGGUAUGUCGCCUAUUUCGCCAGCCACGCAUGUGCCGUUCCCCCACACGAGUCCCAUGAUGCAGCAGCAACAACAAAGACAUACACCCAUACAUCCGCCACCGCCAUACGAAGUUGCCGUCUCCAGUCCUGCCUUAUCCACUGCUUCUUCGACUCCAGCAUAUCUCAACAGACCGUAUCAUUCACAAGAACCGCCACAGACACCGCAAAGUGUUAACAACCACAUGCAGACGAUUGGUGGUCCACCCAGUGUUCCAGGCGGCAAUCGCGAGACCUCCAGCAUGGGAUAUUACGCCGGUGGUGGUGGUAAUAGCAACAGUAAUAGCAACAGCAACUCGAUUACGCAAGAACUGCCCGAAGUGAGUUCUGUCAUUGUCAAUAUUCUACUGUACGAUACGGCACUGAAUGUUUUUCGUGACCACAACUUUGACAGCAGUACAGUGUGUGUUUGUAAUGCAGAUAAUCAACAUUUCGGUAAUAUACGUGGCUCGGAUUCGGGGGUAUACGUGCCGCUGCCAGGUACUACCUUCAAUCCUACAUCAUCAUCAUCUCUGACAACGUCGAAUGCAUUACGUGCUCUAAGUGCCUUUGGUUCGGUGGGAUUGGGCGGAGGUUUAGGUGGAGGCAUUGUGAAUUCCUUAGAUUCACCUGCCUCGAUGGCUGGAGCAGGCUCCAGUUCUUCCACAACUCCAUCUACAACAACGCCAGCCAAUAAUGCACAACAAUAUAUCACCGGCUAUGUGGACGAUGAUGCUGUUGAGUGCUCUUGUGGUUUCAGUGCCGUCAUCAAUCGACGUCUGGCCUGUAAGGCCGGUCUAUUCUACGAAGAUGAGAUGGAAAUUACCGGCAUUGCCGAAGAUCCCGGCCGCCACAAAAAACAUUCCCUGCUGACCUUAAUAACAACGCUCACAUCGAAGGCCAUUAAUAAUAACAAUAACAAUAGCAACGGUGUUAUUGACAAGUCAGUGGAACAGGUGGCUUUUUCCAUAUUCGAUUUGCUGCUGGAACAGUGUUCCAUUAUACAAACGUCUAGUAGUGCUGUCCAUCGCUCGUUACAACGCCAUCGGCGAAGGCUGGCAAAAAAGGCACAGAAACCCCAAUCGGUUGCGGCCAUUGCCAAUGUUCUGGAGUACAUCGAUGCCAAUGAUAUUAUUGCAUUGGCCUUGGAACAAGCCCGUUUGGCAUUCGACAGUUCCCGCAUGGAUAUUAUGGAACAACAAAUCGUGCCGUUCUCAACGCACCGCAAACAAACAGGCAACAACCAGUUGGCUUUGGCGUUAACGGGACGCAUAAACGUUCACAAAUGGCCUUAUAUUUCGGUGGGUUUUUCACGCAGCAACAAAGACAUUGUUUCGACCAUGAAAUCCGUGCAACCCAUGCUACAAAAUGCAUUCCAUUCAAAAUCUCGCAAUGCUGCCGGCGCCAAAGAUGCUACAUACAUUGUAAGUGGUCCGUUAACAUGGCGGCAAUUUCAUCGUCUCGCUGGCCGAGCUUCGGGACAGUGUGAGCCUCAGCCCAUACCCUCGGUUAUAGUGGGUCACGAUAAAGACUGGAUUUCGGUAGCGCCACUAGCGAUACAUUAUUGGGAUAAAUUUCUGCUCGAACCCUACUCAUAUGCCAGAGAUGUGGUCUAUUUGGUAAUGGCGCCAGACAACGAUUAUGUCUUGAGUAAAACCAAAACCUAUUUCAAGGAAUUAAGCACCACUUAUGAGAUGUGCAAACUGGGCAAACAUACACCCAUCUGCGGCUGGAAUGGUUUGUUAACUGUACAACAAAGACCGCCCACGGAAAAACCAUUCACAACGACCAUCGACAACUGGUUACGCUCCAUAGAAGAUACCGCACUGGCUGAAAAAUUACGCCUUUAUGCAUAUGCCUUCCAACAUCAGCUGGCUCCAUACCUCAAUCGAGUACCAAACGAUAAGACUCUACUCAGUCCUCUAGAUAAUAAUUCACGAAAUUCAGCGUGCAGUAAUUCGACAGGGUCCUCAUCGUCUUCUUCAUUAUCGGGUAACGGUGGUGGCUCCAACCCCGGCCAGGACAACAGUGAGCAACGUGGAAACAUGGGAGCAUCAGAUCAUCCUACCAGCAUGGAUCAUAGUAGCGGCGACCAUUCCCAACACUCCACACAAUCCGGCCAAGAUGGUCAAGGAAAUCUAAAUGAAAACAAGCCUACUACGGAGAAACCAGAAGUUAAGCCACCACUUAUAUUGGGAGAUCCUCUAGGAGUUGCGGAAUGCUUGGAAGAAGUCAAUCCCACGGCUAUAGUACUUUAUGUAGUUGAACCUUUCACUUACGGUUCAGAUUCUCCCGAAUUAGAAAGACUUGCUUGUAUCGCCCUGCUACGAAUGUAUUCAGAACUUUUGAAAUCCAUACCAGAAACGGUGAGAUCUCAUAUAAAUAUUCAGAUCAUUUCAUUGGAGUCCAUACUGGAAGUGGGACGUUCACGCAACCGCAAAAGGUUUUCGGAUGAAAUCAAGUGUUUGGCUUUGAACAUUUUCUCGCAAUGCAAACGACACAUGGUACAUGCGCAGGCGGUCAAAAGUCUUACUGGCUUUGGCACAGCAGCCAAUGUGGAAGCCUUCCUGAAGACCAAAGACGAAAAGAAUAGAAGGCCCUAUAAAAUGUAUACACCACCUUAUAUACUCGCACCAAUGCAUGAGAAAAACGAUAAAACGGAUUUCUCUCGGGCUGCAUGGGGCGGUAUGCGCGGUAAUCCAAAUGAUCAAAAAUACUCCGUUAUGUAUUGCAAUUAUUGCCUAAGUGAAGAUCAGUCUUGGCUACUGGCCACCGUCACUGAUGAUCGCGGUGAAAUGCUGGAGAAAGUGUGCAUCAACAUCGAUGUACCAAAUCGUACGAGACGACGACGAGCGCCAGCCCGACGAAUAGGUCUUAAUAAACUCAUGGACUACAUAUUGGGCCUCAUUUCACAGACAACACAAACAUGGCGUCUGGUGGUGGGUCGUAUCGGGCGCAUCGGCCACAAUGAACUCAAGUCAUGGUCAUAUCUGUUGGGAAAAUCGAAUUUACAAAAGGCCACCAAACAACUAAAAGACAUGUGCAAACAGUGUCAACUGAUGUAUCCACCCACGAUACUGAGUGCUUGUUUGGUAACAUUAGAGCCAGAUGCCAAAUUGCGUGUUAUGCCGGAUCAAUUUACACCUGAUGAACGUUUCUCACAGAUAUCCAUACAAAAUCCACUAUCAACACCACAGGAUGUUACUUGUACACAUAUAUUAGUAUUUCCCACAAGUGCUGUAUGUUUGUCAUUUACACGUCAAUUCCAAAAUGAAACACAAGUUGAUCUUGAUGAAGAUUUUAUUAAUUUCGGCAACGACGAAGACGAAAAUGACGUUUUCAAAGAUGCCGAUCUAAUGGAUGAUUUAUUAGGACAAUGGGAUAAUGGUGGAGGUACAGGUCGCGGAAUGUCCAAUCACAAUAGUCCUGAUCGCAUAGAGGACAAUCGAAGUUGGCAAAGUGUUGGUGGUAAUAAUUUCAAUUCAACACAACAUCAGGAUAUUGAAGAGGUCGGUCAAAUAAAUCAACAACCGCUGGCAGUUGGUUAUAUGGUAUCAACUGCUCCUACAGGCCGUAUGCCUUCGUGGUUUUGGUCAGCCUGUCCACAUUUGGAAGAUGUGUGUCCGGUAUUUUUGAAAACUGCACUGCACAUACAUGUACCGAACAUACAAACCACCGAUGACAUACUCAACUCAACAAAUGCCCAUUCGUCGGCUACAGAUCAUCCGUUGGACUCAAUUCUGACCGCCGAUGUUUUACGUUAUGUACUUGAGGGUUAUAAUGCCUUGUCGUGGUUGGCAUUGGACUCGAAUACCCAUGAUCGUUUAUCAUGUCUACCCAUCAAUGUACAGACCCUAAUGGAUCUCUAUUACUUGACAGCUGCAAUUACUUAAACAUAGAAAACACAAACAAAACAUAAAAGGAAACAUAGUGAAAAAUCUAUAUAAAUAUUACAGUUUGUAUUUAAAUAUUUGUUUUUAUUCGAUCUAUUAUGAUUUAAUUUAUUUAAUAUUUUUGGUUAAUUUUUUUUUACACAACAACACACAUCAUGUGCAUUAAAUUAAGAGAGCAUGUUCUUGUUUAUUUAAGGUUUAUUUUUCAAUACAUAAUUAUAUUAUAUUCUCUAAUAUUUUUAUAUAUUUUUUUAAAUUUCAUUUCUGUGAUAUUCAGAAAAACUAAUGAUUGUUUAACAAAAAAAAGUGCUCCUCCUUCUAUACUGCUCCUUCAUCCUUACUCCCGAUAUUAUUGAUUAUUUUAAUUGUUUUGUAUUUAAAAAUUAUAUUAUACUUAUUGAACAUUUACACACACACACACAAAUACAUUUAAAAAACACAUUUUUUAUGUAAAACAAAAAUGUAUGCUUCCGUUAUUUUUCGGACUUCCAAGCGAGGCUUUUGCAGUCAAACAAAUUAUUUCAACAUUAAAAACAAAAAAACAUUUGAACAUUUAGCCAAGAUGUAUAUGACGUGACGUGACAUUUAAAAAAAUCUUUUUUAAUUGCUAAUUUGUAAAUGAUUUUUAAUGUUUUCUAUUUUAAUUCAGUUUAUUUUAUUAUUUUUUUAUAUUUAAUAAUUUAAAACAUAUUUCUGUUGUUUGUUAAAAAAAUUGUAAAUUAUAUAUUUUGUAUAAAACUUUAAAAACUUAAAAAUUAUGUAAAUGAAAAUAUAUUUAAUGAGAAACACACAAAAAAUAAGAAAAUUUAACAGUAUAAGAAAUUUUAAAGGGUUUAAGUAUUUUCUUUAAAAUACCAAGAUUUAAAACUAGAAAAUGUUUAACAAAAUAUAAAUAGAUAUACAAAAUUAAGUGUACAUACACAUACAUACAUGUAUAAAUAAUGAGAAUCCACUAUAAAGUCGCCAAUAUCUUGUUUUGAAUCCUUUAAUUCAUUAUUUUAUUUAUGACGUAACAUACCUGAAUAUUGGGCUCUAUUUAAGUGAGAUUAAAUAAAUAAAUGUAUGUAUUAAUAAAUAUAACAAAUAACUAAAACUCACAAACUUUUUAUAUUCAGGGUUUUUUUUAAACAAAUCUAAAUUUUACGAAAUCACAUUUACAGCAGAGAAACAAUAACAUGUGCUGUAAAUUGAGUGGUAAUUGACAAAUUGAUUUUUUGCAAAUUGAAUACAGCUUUUUUUACUCGAAAGUAAAUGACUAAAUCAUGUUUAUUCGAUUUACAGAACACCAAAAUAUGUGAAUUCUUUGUUGAAAACGGAAAGGUUACUCGUAUUUUGUUUACAGAACUAUGCCGUAGUUUUGAACUGUAAUAUACAAUAGGAAGAAUUUAACUCUGUAUCCAAACAUAUAUUCAAUACAUUCACAACUCUAAACUCUAUCAGUCUUAUUCAUAAUAAAAAAUAAAUUCUGAGCAAGCUGUGUUUAAUGUUAUGAGAUACAAUAGCAACUAUAUAUAUCGCCUUGACUCAACAUUUCAUUCGUAUCGAAAGUGGAAUUAAUUUGCUUUUUCAGAAAGAGUAAAACGAAUGAAAUCACAUUUAGUUCUCUAAGUGGAAGUUGGUUGUAUUUUUUGGUUUUUCUCGAGUUAUUUUUUUUAAAAUUUGUUUGGUUUUAUUAUUUAAAACUUUGAUAAAUUGAAGCUGCAAAAUCUGAAUGAUUACAAUUUUUGAUAAUUUACCUUAUCGUGGUUGGCGUAAACGUCUUACGCCUUGAACGGAAUCUGAAGAAGCUAAAACAAAAUCGAGCUCAAUAGUUACUACGGAAUCAAAACUAUUACAAACAGAAAUUCUGAUAGGCCUGAUAGAUUCGUUAAAUGAUAGAGAAUUAUACAUAGAGACAAGGCAGUCCGUUUUGCAAACAAACAUAACACAAAUAAUAUGUCUGAUACAACAACAAAAUACACAGAAAAAAUAAAUUCAUAAUUGGAAUGAAACCAGCACUACUGUCACAGAUAUACAGAUAUGAAUAAUCUGAUUUCGGGAAUAUGGCAAUAUAUAGCAUUUCUUAUAUAUAAAUAGGGCCACACGUUUUUUUGUGGUACACUUUUAAGUAUGUUAUUGUCCACCAAUAUUGAUGAAACAUAUAUAUGGUUUAAAAGAUUAUUUUCUCUAAAUGUGCACAAUAUAAAUUUUUUUUUAAAAAUUCUUUCCAUAAAAAAAAAGCGUUUUAAAUUUGAUUGAAAAACAACAACAACAUGUUUAUGCACAUCUAAAUACACGUGUAUUUGUACACAAACGUGAAAAAUAUUUUUGCGUAUACUCAAGUAAAUAUAAUUUUGUUAUUAGUUAGAUCCAAAUCUUAUAUAUAAAUAGGCCACACGUUUUUUUGUGGUACACUUUUAAGUAUGUUAUUGUCCACCAAUAUUGAUGAAACCUAUAUGGUUUAAAAGAUUAUUUUCUCUAGAUGUGCGUAAUAUAAAAAAAUAUUUAAAAAUUCUUUCCAUAAAAGUGGUAAAAAGCGUUUUAAAAGUGGUCGUAUUUCGGCCACCAGGCGAUCCUAGUAUUAAUUAAAAUUGGUUGGGUUUUGGCUCUCAGUUGUCAUUGCUCUCAUCUAGCUAUGGCCACAACCAUUGAAAAACUGUCAUUUGGUGCAUAUCUGUACUAAUCUGUGACUACAGUUUUCCAUUCCAGAGUUGCUUUGCAAUCAAUUUUGUUUUAGUUUUUUCAGAUUCUUUUUUGAAUAUCAAAAAAAAUAAUGAAAUUUAGGAAAAAUACAAUAGCAAUUAGAAAAUGUUUUCAUACUUUAGGAAGAAUGAGCUUUUUAAUUCGUAUAUUACUUAAUAACUCGGUAAAUGUUUAAAACAUAGAGAACACAUAGAGCGGAAACUCUGCUGUCAAAGGCGUAACUCAGUUGUCAAAAACCUAAGUGGUGAGAAUGUAUUAAUAAAAAAAACUAUGUGAAAACAAAAACAACACUCGUAUAUGUAACUUUUUUGAGUAAUUUUUUUCUAGUUUCCGCUCUAUGUAUAUUUUCUCUAUGGUUUAAAAUUUGUUUCUCGUAAAAUAACUAAUCACUAUUUCUUUUCUGACAAAAUGUUGCCUUUUCCCUUUAAUUUCUUCUUUUUUGAUAAAUUUUUAAUGAAUUUAAAUUCAUUCAUUAAUUUGUAGGCAUAAUUGCUUUGAAUUCAUUCCAUUGAUAAUUCAUUCUUUAUAGAAUUAAUUCCUUAUUAAAUCAUUAAUAUUGAAUUCAAAUCCAUUACAAAAUAGUUUUAAAAAUGUAUUGAAUGAUUAAAUUUUUCUUCAAUUCAAAUCUAUUACAAAAAAGCCCAAGUCAAUUUUUUUAAUUUUAUUUUGUAAAUGAUUCAAAACAAAAUUCAAUGAAGAACAAAUAUUUUAAUUCAAUUUGUAUUAGAUUCAAUGGUUAAAUGAAAUCUGUUAUGAUUAAUUCUAUUUAAAUAAAAGUCUUCGAAUGAAGCUAAAGAAUUAUAUGUUUGGAAUGGAUUCAUGGAAUAAAUGGCUGACGCUUUUUAAUUUCGAAUUAAGAUUUUAGUGAAUUAUGCUCGGGCGGUGAAUGAAUUCAAUAAUAUAUUAAUCAUAUUAUCGCCAUAUAAAAAUUCGCAAUAAAUGAACCAAAGAAACAAAAAAUAUUUCUCAUUUGCUUUUCGAAACUAGUUUCAAGCGUGACAAAAAUCACUGAUGAAAGAAUCUAGAAUUGUAAGAAUGUGACAAUUUAAAAAAAAAUCUUUGUUUAAAGAACUGGUUCCAGAAGAGUUCCAAAUAACGUAUUGUAUCCGUAAAAACCAAUCACGAUUUCUUCUCUGGCAAAAAUGUUGCCUUUUCCCAUUGAUUUCCAUUUUUGAGAUAUUUUCUGAGCAAGAAAAACAUGCAAAUGUAAGGGUGUAAAUGCCAACCUAAGAAAAGUAAAUCAAUUUCUAACAUCCUUCUUGUCCUUUGUUUUUUUUUAGUUCUUUUCUGAAAAGGGCGAUGUGUAAAAUGUCAUCUUUAAAAAGCUAAAAAAUAUCUGUCAUGACGUUGUUUAUGGAAAAUAUGUUGUCCUGUUUCUAAAAUGCAAUAUUAAUAAUUUUGCCGCAUGAUCAAUUUAUUUUUAAAAAAGAGAAAGAGUUUUUGUUUUCGGUUUGUCCAAAAACAAAUGAACUUAGUGUAAAUUUAUUAAAAAUGGUUAACAUAUACAAAAAUAAGUGCUAAAAAUGGAAUUUUUUUCUGUUCUGAUCAUGAAAGUAGUACAAUUUUGUAAGGCCAAGAACAAUAUUUUAACAACGAUACCAUGUAACAGGACAACAUUUAUUUUUAGAUACGAAAGUAUUUGUAGAAAAAUAAAACAUGAUUUUUGAUGAACCAGUGCAGUUCCUCUAAAGAGCGUCAACUCAUAAUUUUCCAAUUUUCACUUUUUGCAAGAAAUCGAUAUGCAGUGGUCAUAUCUACCUACUGUAAAAAUCAGCUAUCAUUUUCUCUACUCUUUCGCCAAAAAAUUCAUUUGUAUCCGUACAGUUGUUUCAUUGCAAUGUAUUGAAAAACAAAAUAGUUUUUUGCUUCUACUGAACAUUUUAAAAUUUUGAGUUGACGCUCUUUAGAGGAACCAGUGCGAUAUAUAAUAAAAAUUUAUAAAUUUAGAAAGGUGUGAUAGAUUUUGAGAAUAAUUUGUUAACCAAUGGUUUAUUGUUUUCUUGCAAAAUAAAUAUUACAAUAAAUUAAAUGAAAAUAAAACACAGAUGACAAAUAGGAAAUAACGUAGAAGAAUUAAGGCAAAAAUUAUGAUACAAAAAAACAAUCUGCAAUUAAACCAUAUUAUUGGGUAUAGCUGGCUUCAACUACUCAGCUUUAAAAAAAUGUUUGAGAGAUUUUCAUAUAAAAUUCUAAUGCAUGUAUUUAUUCGUUAAACAUUUUGAAAUCUUGUUAUUUUUACAAAUAUUUUUUGGUUUUAAAUCUUUGUAAUUAACCGGAAAUUUUGUAAAUAUACAUACUAAAAUAAGUUAAAAAACAAUGUAAACAGAAAACAAGAACAAAAUCCCUACUUUAAAAUAAAACAAAAUUAUAUAUCUUAUGUCCACUAUAUUAUAAAUACAUACAUAAAAUAUUAAAAAUAAACAAAAUUUAAAUUUAAUAUAUUUGAUAUAAAAAAGUUUCAAUGCAAACAAAAGAAAUUUAAAAAAAUAUAUGUUCAAAAAUAACAUUUUUUUAAAUAAAAAAAGUAAACAUACAUAUAUAAAUAUAAAAAAAUGCAAUUAUCUACAAAAAAAAAAUAAACGUAAAAAACUUACAAAAUUAAUAAGCGAUUAAUAUUAAAUUUAGUACAAUUAAGUAAAACAAACAACACAAUUUUAUAAAAGCAUAAAAAUAAAAUUAAAAAAAAAAUUGAAAAUACCACAAUUGUAAACUACAAAUUAAAAAAAAAAAAGAUAAAUUAUAACUUAACAACAAUUAUAAAUAUAUACAUUAUACAUUAAUUAUACAUAAAUACAUAUUAUAAUGCUAACAAUAAUUGUUAACAUUUUAACUAAUAAACAAAACAAGUUUAGUAUAAUUUUAAGUUAUAAAAAAAACUUAUUUUGAAAAUAGUUUAAAACAUAAAUUAAUUAAAAAAAGAAGAUAAAAAACAAGUUCGCUAUAAAGAAACAAAAUAAACUAACAACAAAACAAGUAAUAGUUUUAUUAAAUAACAGCCUAAAUUAAAUUGAAACACUAUUCUACCAUUCUUGUUUUUUUUUAUAUAUACAUAUAUUAUUAUUAUGAAAACAAAAAAAAUAGUUGUAAGUUUUUUAUAUACAUAUUUAAAAAAAGGAAAUACUUAAUAAAAACAACAACAAACAAACAAAUAAAAUUCAAUAAACAAGAAAAUUAAGUAUAAUUUUUAUAACCUAAAAAAAGAACAUUCAUUUUAAAUUAAACUAUUACCACUACUCUUCUCAUACAUUAUUAAAUAUUUUAAUUUAAAUUAUUUUAAUUAUAAAUUGUAUAUGUAUUACAUUUUACAUUUGUUUUAUUAUUAUUUUCUUUUAAACAUAACUCUACUAUUAUGGUUUUUUUUUAUUUAAAUUCAUUUUUAGCAAAUUUUUUAUUUUAUUAACAAUCAUUAUUAUUAUUAUAAUUAUUAACUAUUAUUUUUUCUAUAUAAGCCAAGCCUAGUAUAUUUAAUAUACAAUUUAUAUAUUUUUAAAAGAAAUAAAUUAAAAAAAAUGAAAUGAAAAAAAACACAUUGUCGUUUAACUAUUAUUAUAAGCCAGCUAGCAAAAAGUAAAGAAAGAAACAAACAAAAUAUUAAGUAAUUAAUUAAUAUUAAUGUAUUAAAAUUUAAAACAUAAUAAAACAAAUGAUUUGUUUUUCUUUUUAAAUUUAUGUUUAAGUAUUUAAUUAUAUAUAAAUCAAUAAAAAAAAUACCACAACAUCCAAAUUCUUGAAAAUAAAAACCACAAGUUAAUAGUAAUAUACUAAACAUAGUAAUUAUAUUAUUGAAAUUUUGUACAUAAUAUACAUAAAUACUGUAUGUAUACAUAUACAAUAUGGUUAUACACACUCUCUCUUCUCAUAUUCAUUAAAUUACAUUCAUAGUCUUCAUUUAUACUAUACCACAGCACAUUUAAAGAAAUAUAAUUGUAUUAAUUACAAAAUAAAAAAAAAAAACAAAAA